GUUACAAAACAUUCCAGUCUAACUGCACUCCAAAGCUAACUGCGUACAUUGCUUUUAUCUGUGCUGUUUGCUUCACUGGGCACAGGAACCCUACUACUGCCUGCACUACUAGACACUGGACCUCUGCCACCCUACUACUACCUACGCUACUAGACACUGGACUCCCUGCAGCACAGAUAUAGUCUCAAUAUGAUGCUCCUGGCAGUCAUCUUAACUAUCAGUAUUUCUUUUGGAGCCACAGCAGAAGAGGGGCAGACAUGCCAAUCUGAGAUAACAACUAUUUUACAGAAGGUCGAUGAAAUAUAUGAUGCCAUCUACAAUGGAGUUCAAAACAAUGAAGAUAAAGCUAUAUAUGCCACCUGUAAACUACAACCAAGCCCAAAAUUAGAUGAUGAUGAAAUAAAAAUCAUGGGACAGGUCUUAUUCAAACAGAUCUAUCCAAAUGGGGAGUUGGAAGCAGUAUUCUCCAUAGAAGGUUUUCCUCAGGAUGUCAAUCAGUCUGUAAGAGCAAUUCACAUCCAUGACUUUGGUGAUAUCAGUAAUGGCUGUGAUUCUGCAGGAGGACAUUACAAUCCAUUUUCUGUCGACCAUCCAAACCAUCCGGGGGAUUUCGGUAAUUUCCGUGUCCGUAAUGGCAAGAUCCAGCAGUACCUCAUGAAUCUUGGAGCGAAAAUGUUUGGUCCAGUGUCUAUAAUUGGAAGAUCAAUAGUUGUACACAAGAUGGCCGACGAUCUUGGUAAAGGCGAUAACCGGGCUAGUUUGGAAAAUGGAAAUGCGGGCGCACGGCUUGCCUGUUGUGUGAUUGGGACAACCAAUAAAAAUGGCUGGGAAAAAUACAUGGAAGAGAAUGCAAAGUUAAAGACCCCAAGAGUUGCAAGACGUGGCAAUAUGCAGCAAAAGAAGCCAAAAUAAUGUCAUUGGCAAUGUGAAGACAGUCUCAGAUUUAAUAUUGCCUAUGAUGUUAGUAAUGCUCUUUAUUCAGGCAUAUUUUAGAUUUGUGCUAGUCAGAAAAUAUGUAAAAGCCUUAGUGUGAUCAGUCAACUUUCUGUCAAAAAGAUUGAUAGUGUAUACAGGAAUUUUCUUUGUAAGCCUAAAAUGAACAAGUAAAGCUGAAACAUCACCUUG